AAAAAUAAAUAAAAAUCCUUAAGUUAAGAACUUUAAAUUUACAUUUAAAGUUCUUAAAGUAAGUCUUAAAGCUAGUUUAUAGUAAAAUUAAUUGAGUAAAAAUAUGUUUGCAAUUGUUGCAUUUGAUACCACUUCUGAGACAGACUAUGUUCCAUUAAAAUGGCUUGAGGGAGUGGAUGUUAAUAAUAUCCAAUUAAUGAUUACAAAUAACACAUCAGUAAAGUGCCAUUGGCCACCAUUCAAAAAUCCCAACACUGUUACUAAAGCUAAAAAUAACAGUUAUGAUGCAGAGAUGAAUUGGCCAUUCUACAUAGCAAGGGUGCUGGGAUUAGCUAACAAUCUGAACAAUGCUCGUCAAAAAGCCAAAAUAGCUGAAGACACAUCUAGUUUGGAAAAUGCUUUUGAGGAGACAGAAGAAAGUUCAGGAACUUUCAGGAAAAACAAAAAAAGACGAGUGACAAAGAUCAGUUAUGACAGAGAAAGUGAAAAUGAGGAUUCUGAAAACGAUCUAUUCCACAGUGUAGAACCAAAAAAGAAGAUGUUAGCAAAUUCAACUCUUGUCAUUAAAAAGCCCCAGCAACCCUAUUACAAACUCUCAUCAAACAGCAAAUUCAGAGUUGAUCAUCAGUUGCAACAUGAUGAACAUUUUAAUGACUUGAAUAUAUGGAAUAGCGAACAAUUUUCGCCGCCUAUUGCUUUAACUCCUGAAUGCGCAACAUCAGUUCCAAUGUUGAGUUCUACUAUUGCAGCCUCCGGUUUAAGUCAAACUGCUAACCUGCAAACUAUAUUUAAUUUGAUAACAACUUUGGUUAGCAAUGUUGAGGAGAUAAAAAAAACUCUAAAAGUACAUACAUCACUACUGCAUUCUAUUAAACACAAAGUGCGAGUGAAUGAAGAAGAAAUAUUUGAUUUGCCAGAAGAUAUAAAAUUGCCACUGACAUCUAUAGCUGAAGUUGACACAUUGGAGGAAAAGUUACUUUGCGCAGAGAAAAAAAAAAUUCUUGCAAAACAUUUAUCGGACAUUGGUGGUGAAGACCUUCGAAAUUUUAUUAUGAGAGCGAUGCCUGUUCUACUUGAUGGCCUUCUUGCUCGCCAAUUCAAUUUGACAGGGCAAAAAGGAAAGAAAUCGUUUAAAGCACUAUUGCUUUGCCAAGUUUUUUUUAGUGCUGUGAAACUGAACCCAAACACAAAACAAUUCACUAUUAAAGAUAUUGAAAUUGAAUUGUCGAAAUGGUUUUCUAACGCUAGAGAUCGUGGCACUGAUGGUCGUCGAUUUGCAAUCACGAAAAUUACAAAGACGGCUCUCAGUUGAGAUUGAUGGUCAAAAAAAGCAUCUACCGAUCUCUUUCAAUAUGAUUUGUAUUUUGUUUAAUCUUUUUUUUAUAAAUGAAGAAAAAAUUUAUCAAAA